AUGACGACAUUGCUGAUAUCAAUUGAGUUUUUAUCAUCUGCUAUCAGAAAUUAUGACCCGGCCACAGCAGACAAACCUCUCGUAAUUGGAAUUAGCGGUCCUCAGGGCUCUGGAAAGUCGUAUUUGACCAAGCAGUUAACGGAUGCUCUUAAGGAGAAAUUUCCUAUAUUAAAUAUUGUUCUGUUUCUGCUGGACGAUUUGUACUUGACACAUGAAGCCCAGAACAAAUUGAACGAAAUCGCCAAAACUGAUAAUAACAAACUUCUCCAGGGAAGAGGAUUGCCUGGAACCCAUGAUUUAGAGUUGGCUACCAAGGUCUUUGACUCAUUGAUAAAUUCUGGUGCAGACAGACAUGUAGUGAAGAUUCCUCUGUAUAACAAAGCAGCCUUCAAUGGUGAAGGUGACAGAGCUCUGGAGGAUAAAUGGACUUCGGUCACAAGCCCAGCUAAUAUUGUCAUUUUCGAAGGCUGGUUCAAUGGCUUCAGACCAUUACAUAUUGAUCAGGUAAGAUUGAAAUUCUUGACUUCUGAUCCGAGCGAUAUUCUCCAAAGACAUAGACUUUACCAAUUGGAGCUGAUAAACCUCGGCCUCGAGGAAUAUGCGAAGCUUUGGGACUUGUUUGACAAGUUUAUAUUUAUCGAGACACCAGACAUUAAUAACGUAUACAAGUGGAGAAUAGAGCAGGAACACGAACUCAUUCAAGCUAAUGGUGUAGGAAUGAACGACGAACAGGUGGUUAAAUUUGUUGAUCGUUACAUGCCCGUUUAUCGCUUGUACUACAAAAAAAUGUGCACAGAAGGAACUGUAAAAGAGAAGGAUAGUAACCUCCUGUUGGUCAUUGACGAAAACAGGAAUGUUGUCUCGUCCAGAACGUUGUAG